CACCGAGGUCACGGUGCCGAGCGAAAGUUAGCCAAUAAUAAUGCACUCGUUAAGAAAAAGAUUGAGAAACUCAACAAACAGAUCGCCGAGGAACUUCAAAUAGCGGGCUUCGUUGGAUCUCGCCACGCUCCCACCCCCAAGGACCCUUGUCAAUUAAGGGACCGGCAUCAAAGGCGCAAGUCAUCCAUGAAACAGCGAGCAAGCCAGAAAUUCACCGACCUCCGCCUAAAGCUGGCUCGAAUAAACAAAUUAUUAGUUUCGACUCGUCAAGUGACUGUUCUCAAUUUGCGAGGUACUGAGCAGGAUGAUCCGGACUUCUAUCUCGUUAUUUUGCCUCACGGAACGAGAUCCUCGGAUCUUGAAGUGUUGUCAACGAAUCCCGGACAUAUAUUCCGCUAUCUAUUUAGUGGAACGAACUUCUCUCGAACUCCAAAAAAAGUUGCAGAAAGAGCCCAGGCUGAUCCAAAACUCAUCGCUUGUGUCAUUUGGGAAAAUAGAAACGGAUUGGGGAUCCUCGUUGAGGAUGACGUGGUUAAGCAUAUUCCAGAGGGUUAUAUUAUGACUGUAGAGUUUUGUGAAGCACCUGAGAUGGGAAUGGCCUCCUCGAGUGAAAAAUCCUCAGCAGUGGAGGUCAAGCCCCCAUUCUAA